AUGAAAUUUGGUUAUGCUCCUUCGAAUGGUUCCCAAAACGCUAUGUUUUGGCGCACCCUUCUCGUAUUCUACUAUAUAUUUACACUUGUGCUUAUGGCGGUCUCAACACCACCUGAAGAUCCUGUCAAGUGUGUGUCUGGAAAUACAAAUUGCACGGUCACAAACUCAUAUGGAGCCUUCCCUGACCGUUCCACGUGUCGAGCCGCCAAUGUGGCCUACCCAACAACCGAAGAUGAGGUCGUGGCUAUCGUGGCUGCAGCCACUAAAGCCGGACGGAAAAUGCGUGUAACCACUCGAUAUUCCCAUAGCAUCACUAAGCUCGUGUGUACCGAUGGAACGGACGGUUUGUUCAUAAGCACAAAGCUUCUAAACCGCACGGUGCGAGCGGAUGCAGAGGCCAUGACCUUGACAGUUGAGAGCGGUGUGACGCUGAGGCAGUUAAUCACUGAAGCAGCUAAAGUGGGAUUGGCGUUGCCUUAUGCACCGUAUUGGUGGGGACUAACCGUGGGUGGUAUGAUGGGGACCGGUGCUCACGGGAGCUCAUUGUGGGGUAAAGGAAGUGCCGUCCAUGAUUAUGUGACCGAGAUCAGGAUUGUAAGUCCUGGUUCGGUCAAUGAUGGGUUUGCAAAGGUUAGAGUUUUAAGCGAGACUACGACUCCUAACGAGUUUAAGGCGGCCAAAGUUUCUCUUGGCGUUCUUGGGGUUAUCUCUCAGGUGACUUUUAAAUUGCAACCGAUGUUCAAGAGAUCAUUAGCAUAUACAAUGAGAAAUGAUUCGGAUUUCGGGGAUCAAGCCGUGUCUUUUGGAAAGAAACACGAGUUUGCUGAUUUCUUAUGGUUACCGAGCCAAGGCAAAGUGGUGUAUCGAAGGGAUGAUCGAGUUCCAGUCAACACGUCGGGAAACGGUUUGUUUGAUUUCUUGCCAUUCCGUUCCCAACUCUCUGUGGCUAUUGCCAUCAUAAGGUCAUCAGAGGAGACGCAAGAGACGUUCAGAGAUGCGAAUGGGAAGUGUGCGGGAGCCACACUAAUUUCAUCUACACUAUUUGCUACCUCAUACGGUUUGACCAACAAUGGUCUUAUAUUCACUGGUUAUCCGGUCAUUGGAAGCCAAAACCGUAUGAUGUCGUCAGGAUCAUGUCUAGAUAGCUUACAAGAUGGAUUAAUCACUGCGUGUGCAUGGGAUUCACGUAUAAAAGGCGAAUUUUUUCAUCAAACAACUUUCAGUGUUUCUCUCACGCAAGUCAAAAGUUUUAUUAAUGACAUCAAGUCUCUUGUUAAAAUUGAACCAAAAUCUUUAUGCGGCCUUGAGCUCCAUUAUGGUAUUUUGAUGCGUUAUGUCAGAUCUUCUCCGGCUUAUCUUGGGAAAGAAACUGAAGCCCUAGACUUUGAUAUAACAUACUACCGAGCCAAAGAUCCAUUAACACCGCGACUCUACGAAGAUUUCAUCGAAGAAAUCGAGCAAAUUGCGUUGUUCAAGUAUAACGCAUUGCCACACUGGGGUAAAAACAGAAAUUUAGCGUUUGAUGGAGUGAUUAGAAAGUACAAAAACGCACCAGCUUUCUUGAAAGUAAAGGAGAGUUAUGAUCCAAAUGGUUUAUUCUCGAGCAAAUGGACGGAUCAAAUUCUAGGGAUCAAAGGAAACGUGACGAUUGUAAAAGAUGGAUGUGCAUUGGAGGGAAUGUGUAUUUGUUCGGAGGAUGCUCAUUGUGCUCCGAACAAAGGCUAUCUGUGUCGACCAGGAAAAGUUUACAAAGAAGCUAUGGUAUGUACACGUGUCAGUGGCAUUAAUAUGGCUCAGUCAGUAAGUUAUUAAUCUUCAAUAAUGGCUUCUUACAUCAGAAGGCGGUCGUCUUUCUCUUUAUGUGUGGGUCAAUAUUUAGUACGAUAUGUUGUUUUGUUAUAAUAAACUAUAAAUAAAUCAUGU